AACACAACAUUAUCGGAUCCGACUACCAACUAUCAGAUAUACAAGCGCCCGUUAAAAACAACCGCAAUGAAAACUGCAAGCCAUAUCUCGAGUACAUGAAUGCCCCCCUUCAAGUGGAGCAAAAUAUCUAUCACUGGCUGAAUACCCGUGUUUUCCAUCGAUAUGUCAUGUUUGAUGAUGAACUUGUCAAGAGCCAUGUCUACAACAGCAUUGGGGGGCAUCUUUAUCGAGACACGCUCCCAGCCAGGCAACCUCCAUUCCAGCACAUCAUCCCACCUCGAGAUAGUGCAGUUCAAGCCCAGAUUAUCAUCAUCACCAGUCCCGUCGUUUGUCCUGUAUUUCUGUGCGAGGCUCUCGGCAGGCAUUUCCAAACCCCGGUGGAUUUCUUCAUCAGUCACUUCUUUUUCCUAUGGGAUUCUGAUCAGGAUGCGUAUCAAAACAGUGAAACACCCCUUCACAUUCGACAGAAACUUCUUCGAAGGAUGAUCCGACUGGGAUGCAUUCAGACGGGCGGCCAGAAACAUCGAUUCAUUUCUAUUUGCGUGGGCUCGCUGGGUGUGAUAUCCAUCUUCAUUAUAGAGGGAAAGCAGAAUACAGGUACGGAUGCAAACAUCAUCAAUCUGCAUCUCUAACAAGUCGAACAGUUAUUAUUCUGUGCGAUCCCUGUUCCGUGGGGUCUACACGGACGAAUACCGCGCAUGAAAUGGACGUUGAUGAGAUCCAUGCCACCUUCUGCGAUACACUGGACUAUUUGACUACAGAAGAGAUUGAUUCAGCCGACAGAGCUCCGUGCGAAUACGCAUUGCAAUACUUGCGAAUCGUGGCAGCCGAUGUUUACUCAUGGAUGAUCUUUCCUAGUCCAAGUAAAAAGCACAAACAAACUUCAGACCCAGAUGUCGCCCUGAAAGAUCUGGAAACCAUUCAACAAGUCCUGCACGAAAUCAAAGGCAAUUUGGUCCAAUUUCAACCAGAGUCGGCGUCAGUUCGUCGUUUUCUAACUCAAAUCAAGUGCUGGGAGGAUGAAUGCCACCAGCGCAUCCAAGAUUCACGAUAUCUCAGCGAGGCCACAAUCCGAGAUGCCCUACGAAUCGACUCGCAAAAGUCCAUUGAGCAUGCCGUGAGCGUCAAGAGGCUUUCGAUUCUGGCAACGGUAUUCCUUCCACUCAAUCUAGCCACCAGCUUUUUCGGUAUGAAUGCUGCCCAGCUGGGAUCGGGGCCUGUGCAGAUUUGGGUCUUUAUAGUCGUUGCUGCCACAGCCAGUACUCUUACAUUUGUGGUGCCAUUUGUCAUGCUACACUUGAAGAACAGUGUCCGAGCAUCACGAACACUGCGAGCAGUAUCCCGUGUUGCAGGUCAUUCCUAUGGGGAUGCAUUCUGGCUUUUUAUAUUUUAUAUAUCUCAUGGAACCGAUACUAGUGACAUACAAGUCCAAUAUAUCCAGUUUGAUGGCGGGGACUGGGAAGAGGAUAUCGCAGCGCUAGAGAAGAAAUUGAUGGCAAGACUUGAUUUGUUCCCGGAAUUUUGGAUCAGAAGAGCACAUCGGAUUUAUGAAUUAGGAUAUGCAAAAGAGUGAAUACAUAGAGCUACUAAGGGCAGUUGGCUUGUGUAUACAGAUAUCAGCGCUACAAUACCUACCAUGUUCAGUUGCCUU